GGCUGCUGGGUGGCGUCGCUGGCGAGCCAGGAUGCCUGGAGCUCUCGGUCAGGACCCGAUGUGAGGCCAUGAGGAACCACAACAACCUCAGGCACUCACACUACCAAAACGACGACCACUUUCGGUCCUUAUGUAUCCGUCACGCGCCGUUUAUAAACCGGCACGGCCACCUUCACCACGAGAUCGUCCCUCCGGCGCCGUCGCGAGCUCUAGCAUGGAGCUCCGGUGCACCUCCUACCCCGUUCACGACACACCGGCCCGGCCUGCGAAUCCCUCGCGAGACCGCUCCUUUCUCAGCUCAAACGCUCCGUCACGGGGCGUCUGAGGGACGCGCGGGAGAGGCGUUUUGCGCAGAUGGCGCCCUAAGCUGAGCAUCAUCAUUUCACGCCAGCGUGUCGCUUGAGUGCGGCCUCAGAGAGAGGGCUACAGGGCAACCAUACUAGCCGGUGGCGGUGGGCCGUUACGGGCCUUUGCGCCUCGCCGUUAUGGCUUGGGCAUAGUCCUGCGUCCUCCAUUUGGA